AUGUGCUUCGGCAGCAAGGACAACUCGAGCGCCCCGGCUCCCAAGCCAGCCCAGAUCCCGCAGCAGCAGCCAACGAACAGCUCAUAUCCAUCGAAAGCCAUGGGCAACUCGAGCUACGAUGCGCCUCCCCCGGGCCCGCCUCCCAGCCAUCAUGCCGGCCCCUCGACCGAUUACGCCCCGCCUCCUGGACCUCCGCCGUCGAAGGGCCGCAAUGGUGACUUUGCUCCCCCACCAGGCCCGCCUCCUGCGAGGAGGGUGAACGAAGACUACGCUCCUCCGUCAGGCCCACCUCCCGCAAGGAAUGCGAACGACGACUAUGCUCCGCCCCCCGGACCUCCUCCCUCCCACGACUACGCGCCGCCGCCUGGUCCCCCGCCUACUCAGGAGCCCAAGAAGCACGCCUGGGAGGAAGCCGUGCCGGACACCUCCCUACUUCCUCCGCCCCCAGACUACUUCGGCAGCUUCGACCGCUCGCCAACCAACAAUGCGACAGAGCAGGAGGCAGAGGCAGGAGAGAGCUGGUGCCGACAGUACCAGUUGUAUCCUCCAAUCCAGCCUGGCCAGCAGGUUCUGGAUGCCCUCAAGGUUGGCAACAUCAAUCUCUUCACCCCACCGUUCUUCAAGGGCGCCUUAGCCCAGAUCGGGCUCGGUGUAUGGAAAGGUCACAGCUACAGCGGGAGCCCCGACACCUGCAUCGCGUCGUACCCGCCCUUGUACAGCGUCGCCGCGCACAGUCCUCUGGCCACCGGCCGGAAGAAGACCAUCUACUACGAAGUCAACAUACUCUCGGAUAGCCGUCGGGAGGUGAGCCUUGCGCUUGGUUUCAAUGCCCCGCCGUAUCCUUCGUUCCGGCUCCCAGGGUGGCACCGUGGCAGUCUGGCCGUGCACGGUGACGAUGGGCAUAAGUUCACCAACGAUCGAUGGGGCGGCAAGAGCUUUACCGGAGCUUUCAAGCGAGGAGAGACCUUGGGCAUCGGCAUUGACCUCAGCCCUGGCCAUGGCGGCGGUAUCAGCAUUGAAGUAUUUUUCACGAGAGACGGUAGAGAAGUUGGCAGAUGGAAUUUGCAUGAGGAGAGAGACCAGGAGCGUGACUUGACUGUCGAGGGUCUUGAGGGGUUCCAUGACCUAUGUGCGGCAAUUGGUGUCUUUGACAAAGUAAAUUUCGAGAUAGUCUUUGCGCCUGGCAAAUGGAAGUGGAAGGGCUACCAAGGCUAA